GACAUGCUAGUAAACAAAACAAAGCGAACAGUUACUCCUUUAGUUCCCCGAGGAAACUGCGGACCGCGUCCCACAGUCCGCAGGGGUACCAUAGUCGGGCCUUCCGGGCUGGGCUGGUCCCUGCCGAGGCUACGCAGCCCGGCCACCCCCAGACCUAGAGGAGGCCAACGCCACGCCUGCCCGCCGGACCCUCCCCCUCGUUCAUCUCUGGGCCCAGAGCUGCGCCCGCCCGCCCCUCACCUCCGGCUCGGGGCGCUCCGAGGCCAUCACACAGCCCUCCCGCGCCGGCCCGGGCCAGUGAGGGUGUUCCGCUCUUGACCCCUGACCUGGCUACCUAUGCAUCCAGCAGGAACCGGAAGUCGGUGGGAGGGCCGAGUUCCAGUUUUCUGAUUGGUGGAUGAAGCCUUCUCGUAGGCGUUUGCUGACUGGAAAACCGGAAGUGGAAAUCGUUGCAGCCGCCCCGGCCGCCGCAAUGCAGAGAGAGGAGAAGCAGCUUGAGGCAUCAUUAGAUGCACUGCUGAGUCAAGUGGCUGAUCUGAAGAACUCACUGGGGAGUUUCAUUUGCAAGUUGGAGAACGAGUAUGGCCGGCUGACCUGGCCAUCUGUCCUGGACAGCUUUGCCUUGCUUUCUGGACAGUUGAACACUCUGAACAAGGUCUUGAAGCAUGAAAAAACACCGCUGUUCCGUAACCAGGUCAUCAUUCCUCUGGUGUUGUCUCCAGACCGAGAUGAAGAUCUCAUGCGGCAGACUGAAGGACGGGUUCCUGUUUUCAGCCAUGAGGUAGUCCCUGACCAUCUGAGAACCAAGCCUGACCCUGAAGUGGAAGAACAGGAGAAGCAACUGACGACAGAUGCUGCCCGCAUUGGUGCAGAUGCAGCCCAGAAGCAGAUCCAGAGCUUGAAUAAAAUGUGUUCAAACCUUCUGGAGAAAAUCAGCAAAGAGGAGCGAGAAUCAGAGAGUGGAGGUCUCCGGCCGAACAAGCAGACCUUUAACCCUACAGACACUAAUGCCUUGGUGGCAGCUGUUGCCUUCGGGAAAGGACUAUCUAAUUGGAGACCUUCAGGCAGCAGUGGUCCUGGCCAGGCAGGCCAGCCAGGAGCUGGGACGAUCCUUGCAGGAACCUCAGGAUUACAGCAGGUGCAGAUGGCAGGAGCUCCAAGCCAGCAGCAGCCAAUGCUCAGUGGGGUACAAAUGGCUCAGGCAGGUCAACCAGGGAAAAUGCCAAGUGGAAUAAAAACCAACAUCAAGUCGGCUUCCAUGCAUCCCUACCAGCGGUGAGUGUGGCUGGCAACCUCGACUCCCUGGUGCUCUUUGCAGAGUUGGGCAGUGAAAUUACCUUUUGCUCAAGGCUCACCUAGAUGGGUACAAUGAAAAGAACAUGGGCUUUCAGCAGCAGACAAAUCCCACUUCCACCACUGACUAGCUGUGUGACCUUGGACAAGUGACCUAAUUUUUCUGAGCCUGUUUCUCAUUUGUAAAUGGUGAUAAUACCUACCUCAUAGGGUUGUUGUGAGGAUUAAAAUGAGGAAAUGAAUGUAAAGCACUUAGUACAGUAUAUGAAAUAAUGGGUAUUCAAUAAAUGAUAGUUUCUACAGAUCCUUCUCCCCACCACCCUCCACAGUCCUUGAUCCAGAACUUACCCUGAUCUGAUACUGCCUCACAUCAAUGGUGAGCUGAUGGACACAAGAUCAAAUAAGGCUAUGCUUAUUUUGUGCUGCCAGAAACUGUAGCAACCUCUGUGUUCUUAGAGGCACACUGUCUUUGCAGGCCCUCCUGCCUGGGUUUCAUUCUGGCUAUCCCUCUUAAGGUGCAAGGUGAAGAAGCUUCUGGGCCAGAAAGAAAAAAAAAAAUGUCCACCUACAGCUCUGGUGAAGCUUGGGCCUGCUCUUCUUUCUAUCCUCUAAGGAGCCAACUUGGCUUUUACCUGGCAAAUAGUCAUAAAGUCCCCUAUCCUUUACCCCACCCUAUACACACGAGGCUUUCUCAGGAAGUGGCUCUGCCAGGCAGGACUAUGUGGGAAAGAGUUUUUCCUUAGCACAUGAAAAAGCCCCUUCCCCUGGACUCAUGUUUCUUAUUUUGGAGGGAGAAGGGAAUUGCACUUCACACUGCCAUCAGGGUUUAGUUGACCUCAUAAUGGUGCCCAGUUUCUCGACUUUGGCCAGGAUGGCUUUCCUUCAUUUCCCUAAGCCUGUGGCCCAAAUGGUGGACCAGAUUGAUGGUGGGAGGGGGCAACCCCCAGUAGCUUUGCCUGCUUUUAUAAAGUUGAACAGAGUGAAUUUAGACAUUCAGGCUAACCUGCCUUUCUUAGUACUCCUUUGUUGGCAUGGGCAGGGGUUGAGUCAGCAGAAGUGGACCAAAGGAUUCCUCUGAAUAAAGUUAUUUAAAUUGA